GGUCAACAGGUCAUUUACAAAUUCUGCUGUCACUGUCAGUGUCAGAUUGUCGGUGUCAACGUCAUAGAUCGAGUUCGAGUGUCCAUCAAAUUUAAUUCAAUAAUUUAGCGUAAACUAAAUAAUUGUAUAGUGCAUUCAAUAGAAAUAUGAGAAUAAUAAAUAUCAGUUGUUAUAAUUAGACAUUAUUCGAAAUGUCAGGCGAUCAAAAAAUUCUUAUCAAAGGCAGCCCUUCCCAAUAUGUAAAAUUGAAUGUUGGGGGUUGUUUACAUUAUACAACUAUAGGAACUCUGAUAAAAAAUGAUUCAAUGCUCAGAGCUAUGUUCAGUGGCCGAAUGGAAGUGUUGACAGAUUCAGAAGGCUGGAUACUAAUUGAUCGUUGUGGAAAGCAUUUUGGGUCUAUAUUAAAUUUUAUGCGUGAUGGAAGUGUACCACUACCAGAAAACAAAGAAGCUAUGGCCGAACUAUUAGCUGAGGCUAAAUAUUAUUGCGUUUCGGAAUUAGCGGAAUCAUGUGAAAAGGCUCUUAUGAGAAAAGACAGAGAUUUAGAAUCCAUAUGUAGAGUUCCACUUAUUACAUCUUUAAAAGAAGAGCAAAUUCUUAUUGGAUCAACACUCAAGCCCGUUGUAAAGCUGUUGAUCAAUCGACACAACAAUAAAUAUUCUUAUACCCAUACAUCAGAUGAUAAUUUGCUCAAGAAUAUAGAAUUAUUUGAUAAGCUUUCUUUGAGAUUUAGUGGUCGUGUGUUAUUCAUAAAAGAUGUAAUUGGAUCUAGUGAAAUAUGCUGUUGGUCAUUUUAUGGGCACAGUAAAAAAAUUGCAGAAGUCUGCUGCACCUCAAUAGUGUAUGCCACUGAUAAAAAACAUACUAAAGUAGAGUUUCCGGAAGCUAGAAUUUAUGAGGAAACAUUAAAUAUAUUAUUAUAUGAAAGUAGAAAUGCUCCUGAUCAAGAACUAAUGCAAGCCACUUCAAUGAGAGGAGCAGGAUUAUCUAGUUAUACAAGUGAUGAAGAAGAAGAGCGAUCUGGACUAGCUCGACUCAGAUCUAACAAACAGAAUAAUAUAACAUGAUGAAUGUACUUGUAUUUUUAUACAAAGAAUAAUUAUAAAAGUGAUAAGGUAUAAUAUAU